AUGGCCGCUACCUCUGGAAGCGUCAGCAGGUGGGUGCUUUGGGGUGGCGUGGAUCAGAACGAUCACGGAAGCUGUGACGAUAUGAUCCCAUAUACUAUAUGGGAGCUGCCACUUCUUCAGGCCAGCGAACCAUCCGUGCGACUUCGUACCUACGCUCGCGCUCUGGGUUCGAUUCCCACCUCCACCUUGUUUUUCCCUUUUUUUCGGAAAAAAACGAAAGCUCAACGCGAGACGGGUCAGGAGACGGCGGCAGCGCCCCCACACGCAGGAGCGCCCGUGCCUAGGGUUUGGGCGAAGGGCACGGCGGCUGCACAUCCUGGCAGCCAGUGCGGCAACCAGAUCGCCGCCAAGUUCUCGGAGGUGAUCUGCAAGGCUGCGCCGCCGACCCCAACCUCUUCCUCCUCCUCGCCGGUUCCCCGUCUCACACUCCGCCUCGGCCUAUCGGGCUCCGAGUCCUCCGACCGCAACUGGGACUGCUGCGAGGACGUCGCGGCCGCGCUCUCCCUCGGCCCGCUGCCGGCUGCCGCAUCUGCUGGCAUCUCUGCCAAGCGCGCCUUCCCAGACCCCGCCCAGCGCCCCGGCGCUGUCAAGGCUAGCGACGACAAGCAAGCUUCCCCCCUCCACGCCGCUGGCCGCCAAAGCGCAGUUGGUGGGAUGGCCCCCCAUGUGGAGCUACCGGAAGAACACCCUCGCCGCAAGCGCCUCCAAGAGCAAGGUGCCGGCGGAGGAGGCCGCGUCCAGAGGCGGGCCCAUGAUAUUUACUUAGCCUGUGAUUUUAACGGUCAAAGUGGUCUGCAUAAAUCAUCGAGGAAAGACAGGCUGACUAAUGGCUCAAAGGUGGAUGCCCUCAAAGACCAGGAUUAUGUCCUUACAUAUGACGAUAAGGAUGCAGACUGGAUGCUUGUCAGUGAUCUUUUAGAGGAGCAUAGAGGAAAGGAAAUGAGAGGAUUAUGCUACCCUGCACUUUGCAGGGUUAGUUGUGGGCAUUAG